CAUUUUAACCGUGAUGCCCAGAGCUGCGAAGCCAAGCCUCAUAUCCUUCUCUCUCUCUCUCUACAAAUAUAUACGCAGCACCAAAUCUCAUCGUCAUCAACCCAAAACCCCCUCAUUGCGUCUUCUUCAUUCUCUCUCUAUCUCUCUCUCUAUCUAAAUCUCUCUCAAUUCUCAUAUCUCUUCGAUCUCCUUCUAUCUAUCCUCUCCAAUCUAAUCAGAUUCGCUCCGUAAACCAAUCCGUUUAGGAUCCGAGGCGACAGCAGAGGGAACAUACAUCUUUAAUCGAUAAGUUAAUUGUCGAUUAAACCAUUGUGUUUCAUUCGAUAAGGUAAUCUAUAAUCCGAUUCGAUAAAUUUGAACCGAACAGAUCGGUUUUCGGUCGGUGUUAGGCUGUGGAUACGAGGAAUUGAGGUUUAGGAAUGGGAAUACUGGUUAAUGAACCAAAGAGAGUGUAAAAGAUGCCAGGUUUAGCGCAGAGAAAUGAGCACUACUCUAAUGGUUCCUUUGGAUUUUGGUCAAAGCAUAACGAUGAUGUUAGCUAUAAUCAACUGCAGAAGUUUUGGAGUGAGCUGUCAGUGCAAGCUAGGCAGAAGCUCAUUAGGAUUGAUAAACAAGCCCUAUUUGAGCAAGCGCGCAAGAAUAUGUACUGCUCUAGAUGCAAUGGUCUGCUGCUUGAAGGUUUUUUGCAGAUUGUCAUGUAUGGAAAGUCCUUGCAACAGGAGGGAGGAGUUGGCAACCUUCCUUUUAACAGAUCAGGGGCCUCUAAAAAUCAAAAUGGUACUGCACCCGUUCUGAAUAUUGCAAGCCCAGAUGAAAUACAAGAUCCAUCUGUCCAUCCUUGGGGAGGUCUGACCACAACGCGUGAUGGAUCACUGACACUUCUGGACUGCUAUUUAUGCUCAAAGUCUCUCAAAGGGAUCCAACAUGUGUUUGACAGUGCACGUGCAAGGGAAAGGGAGCGUGAAUUGCUUUAUCCUGACGCUUGUGGUGGUGGAGGUCGAGGCUGGAUAAGCCAAGGAAUUGCAAGUUAUGGGAGAGGACAUGGGACAAGAGAAACAUGUGCUCUGCACACUGCAAGGCUUUCCUGCGACACUUUGGUGGAUUUCUGGUCAGCACUGGGAGAUGAAACUAGGCUAUCUUUAUUAAGGAUGAAGGAAGAGGAUUUCAUUGAGAGGCUUAUGUACAGGUUUGACAGCAAGAGGUUUUGUAGAGAUUGCAGAAGGAAUGUAAUUCGUGAGUUCAAGGAGCUGAAGGAGCUGAAGCGAAUGCGAAGAGAGCCUCGAUGCACUAGUUGGUUUUGUGUUGCAGAUUCGGCCUUUCAAUAUGAGGUAUCUGUGGACACAGUCCUAGCUGAUUGGCGCCAAACCUUUGCUGAUACUGUUGGAGCCUAUCACCAUUUUGAAUGGGCUGUUGGAAGUGGAGAAGGAAAAUCUGAUAUUUUGGAAUUCGAAAAUGUUGGCAUGAACGGAGGUGGUGAGGUCCAUGGCCUGGAUCUUGCCGGUUUGAAUGCAUGUUAUAUUACCUUGCGAGCUUUUAAACAAGAUGGCCGCUGCACAGAACUUUCUGUAAAAGCUCAUGCGUUAAAAGGUCAACAAUGUGUGCACUGCAGACUGGUAGUUGGUGAUGGGUUUGUCUCGAUAACAAGAGGGGAAAAUAUCAGAAGAUUUUUUGAGCAUGCUGAAGAGGCUGAAGAAGAAGAGGAUGAUGACUCCAUGGACAAGGAUGGGAAUGAGCUAGAUGGAGAAUGUUCCCGUCCUCAAAAACAUGCGAAGAGUCCUGAGCUUGCUCGAGAAUUUCUUUUAGAUGCAGCUUCUGUUAUCUUCAAGGAACAAGUUGAAAAGGCCUUUAGAGAAGGAACCGCACGCCAAAAUGCACACAGCAUCUUUGUUUGUCUUGCCUUAAAAUUGCUGGAAGAACGAGUUCAUGUUGCAUGCAAAGAGAUCAUCACCUUAGAAAAGCAGAUGAAACUUCUUGAAGAAGAAGAGAAGGAAAAGCGUGAAGAAGAAGAGCGAAAGGAGAGGAAAAGAACAAAAGAAAGGGAGAAAAAGCUCCGAAGAAAAGAGAGAUUAAAGGGAAAAGAAAGAGAUAAAGAAAAGAAGUGUCCUGAAUCAAAUGAUACUCCUCUUCUUACUGAUGUCUCAAAGGAAGAAUCAUCACCAAAUGUUGAUGAACAACCAAGCAAUGCUAUCGACUGCGAGGACGUGGCAAAUGAAACUAGUGAUAUUCUCAGGCCUGGAUCUCCUGAUAAUGAAUCAGAAGAGUUCUUGAAUAGGCAUACCCCUCCUAGAAUGCAGAACCACUCUUAUGAUAACCCUGAUGGUGAAGCUUCCAAUAUCAAAGAUGGUAGUGGCUCAUUUAUGGUGGAGCAAUCAAAAUUUUCUCAACGGAGAUUAAGAUUUGGGAAAGAAUUUCAGCUUGAUUCAUCACUGAAGUGGUCUGAUAGGCGUCGAUUCUCAGAGAGUUCUUCUCUGGUCAAUAGAUCUGAGUCAAGAUAUCAAAACGAUAAUUUUGAGAUUCCUUCCAGAGGCUUCAGUGGAUUGAAUAGACAAAUGAGGAUAAAUGCUGUGAAGCCCAAUGGUCGAAAUAGCAUUAAGUUUAAUGAGAAGUUCCAAUGUGCAGGCAACAGGAUGGGUGACCGGUAUGACUUUCAUUCUUGCAGCUGUAAUCAACACAGUGAGUAUAGAGCAAAGGUUGACCCACAUGUUUCUACAACUAGACUCAUUCGAGAGCCCAAAUCUGUGAGUAAAUCAGAGUCAGCAUCGGACAUGUCCAAGCAAGUGUACAGGGGUAACAGGUAUAAUCAAACAGAUUAUAUGCGUGAGAGUUGUGGAAGAGCCAAAAGCAAAAUCGUAGCAGGAAGCAACUCUUCCAGCCGAGAUUCACCUUAUUUGAAGAAAGUUUGGGAGCCCAUGGAAUCACAGAAGAAAUACCCUCGCAGCAACUCAGAUUCUGAUGUCACAUUGAGACCAUCUACUUUUAAGGUUGAAGGAGUUGCACCUGGUAAUAAUGUUGUUAAUUCAACUGGUGAGGUGUCCUCCAUUGAAGCUACUGCAAAUUCGGGAGAAAUUCAUAAGGGAAAUAUCAAUAUAAAGAAAUCAAGAGACUCUAGCAUUCUGAAAGAAGAAGAUUACCAGGAUGAACUUACCAUGCAGGUUAAGGAUCACUGCUACUCGAAGGAAUUGGCUAAUGAGGAAGUUGGAUUAUGUUCCACUGGGAAUUCUCUCUUGAAUGGAACAUCGGAUGCAAUAGUUGGUAAUACUUCCAAUUCUGAUAAUUGCUCUUCCUGCCUUAGUGAAGGAGAUAGCAAUACAGCAUCCUCAAAUCAGGGAAACCCGGAUUCGUCAUCAACAUCGGAUUCAGAAGAGGCAAGUCAACAAUCAGAAGGGAGAGAGAUAUCGAUGUGCACUCAAAAUGUGUUCCCUGAAUGCCAUGAAAAGGACAUGGAGAAAAGCCAAAGUACAAAAGAAAGAGUACAUUCAGGAAUGAGGAAUUCCUCUGGCCUUCCACCAGAUAAUACAGGAAGCGAAGUCUUGGGAGAUCUGAGACUCGCCCAAAUUUCCGAUAAUGGAAUAUCCAGCACCAAUAUUGGUUCUCAAAAUCAAGGCCCAUACCCGGCCAUGCCAAACCAAAACAUACGGUUUCCAGUUUUUCAAGCUCCUUCUGCAAUGGGCUAUUACCAUCAAAAUCCAGUUUCUUGGCCAGGAGCUCCCACUACUGGAUUAAUGCCUUUUCCCCAUCCUAACCACUACUUAUAUGGUGGACCUCUUGGUUAUGGUGUCAAUGGAAACUCACGCUUAUGUAUGCAGUAUGGUGCCAUGCAGCAUGUGCCUACUCCCUUGUUUAAUCCCGGGACAAUUCCAGUUUAUCAUCAAGUUGCCAAAACCAACGGAUUGAACACAGAGGAAUGGGCUAAGAUUUCUAAGCCAGGAGUGACACAAGAGACUUUUCAGGAAGGUAACACAGAGAAGGUGGUUAUGUCCAAGCCGCAACACACAGAAGAAGUCCCAGCAAGGGGAGGUGGGCAAAUCAAUAACUCUGGCAACCUGGAUGUGGGUAACAAUGCUGGCUUUUCCUUGUUCCAUUAUGGUGGGCCUGUGGAUCUUAAAACAGGGUGUAAAUCAAAUCCAUCGCUUUCCAAAGACGAGAUAUUAGGUGAUUUUUCUUUGCAGUUUUCGGCAGAUCACGUGGAUAAGAAUCAUGCUUGCAAUAAAAAAGAGAGUGACAUCGAGGAGUACAACUUGUUUGCAACAAGCAACCGGUUUUCGUUCUUCUAGAAAACAUUGCUCCAGAAGGUGUGAGGGGACUGUUUUGAAAUCCGGUUGCUGUCUUGUUCAUUUGGGAAUAUGAAAGUUUGAGGUUAUUUUGUAAACCGAAACAGAAUAAUCUUCUUCUGUUUUUUUUUUUUUUUUAAAAAGUUCGAGUUUAGCUUAUAGUCGGGUCUGGUAGUCGUUUUUAUCCAAUUUGUCUCAUUGUUUCAUUUAAUGUAGAGAAAUGAAAGGUUGGAAGGGUGCGACAGUACUUGAAAAGGGUUUCUGUAUUUGAUCAGUUUUUGAUCGAUGAAGCAUAUGCCAGUAUGAAAUUUUUGUUUUUUAUUCCAA